AGACAAUUUCCUUCGCUUGGUGUAGCUGUGUCGCUUACCAUUGUUUUCCAAAUUUAAUCAUGACUGAGAGUCUUCACAGAAAACAAGCAAGGCUUGUACUAUUGCUUUCUACUCAGGGAUUGAAUGCAGUCUCAAAAGAUGAUGAGAAAGAGCACAAAGAAGACAAACCCAAAGAACAUAUGCUUGGUGUUGGCAUUGGUGUUCAAACAAGAACGGCUCGUGAUCAAGGAAUUGAAAUUGAACCACUCAAGAUUAUAGAUAAUGUAAACCACGAUGUUUAUGUAACGCCUGUUAGUAUUGCAGCAAGAACUAACCACAACAGAUCGAGCAUCAAUGCAUCAGCUAAAACCAAACCUUCUAAUCCAACUUACAAUAGCAGUAGUGAACCUCGCGACAGAAGCGUGCCUCGCCAGAAUAUGCAGGAUGCCGUUGUUACCAAAAAGCCUAAACUCAUGCCUAUCUAUAGCAAAAUUAUUCAAAAAGAUAAGCAACCAGCAAAGAAGAUCAACAUAAAAACUAAACCUGAUGCGUUGAAAUGUAUGUCCAAUGAGGAUAGAGAACGAAUUGUGGCAAAGUAUGAGAAUGGUUUGAAUUCCAAAACGAUCAGUGAUAUUUUACAUAUUCCGGAGCAGACAGUGAAAAACGUUGUGUAUAAUUACAAAAAAACAGGCAAUGCAGCUCUUUCCAGUCGUCAUAAAGAUACCGCUUUCCCGGUCGAUGUACUGUUAAGUAUCCGUUUAUGGAUGAAUGAAGAUAGCGAUGUUUCCUUAACGCAGCUAGUGGAAAAGGUAUGGUCAACAUACAAAAUACGCGUAAGCAACGAUUCGAUCAUGCGUGCACUGAUUGGCUUUAACUACUUUUUUAAUCGUGUCCAAACUAAUCCAAAACAUAAGAUUAUAAACUCUACGCUCGAGCAGAUGAAAGAAUAUGCUACGAACUUAACCACUGUGCGGCAAAGCGUUUCUAAGUUAGGAAUAAUUUUUUUGGAUUAUGUAGCACUGAACGCAACGUUUAAAGUUGACACAAAGCAUAGAAUACAGCAUAAAAGUGUUUAUAUCAUGUGCGCCAUGAACGAAUCGGGUAUGCUGUACUACCUCACCAAGAAUACGCACAUUAAUAUGGACACUGUGACAGAAUUUGUGUACGGGAUGAAAACCAAGCUCAGGGAAUUAAACGUUGAUGAGUCGGUCGUGGUGAUUGGCAAUACGGCCAAUCAACGAUAUACAAAGCUGCAGGAUGCCAUAGGUUAUUAUAAAUGUAACGCUAUGUUUUUGCCUUCGAAUGCCACCCAUCUGAAUCCGGUAGAAUAUCUGAGAAAAAAUAUAAAGCGCGUUACAGGGAGAGCGAAUCCUCGAACUACAGAAGAGGUGAUACAGGCCGUAGAAAGUAUACCAUCUUUAUUAAGGCAAAACGACUGCAAAAAUUGGUUCGAGCUUAUGUGGAGCUAUGUUCCUAUGUGUAUGGAAGGGAAGGUAUUCGAUGGCUUCGAUGUGCAAGACUAAACUAUUUUGUACUUAAUUGGAAUUAUUAUAGGGGAAUCGUUAUCUUUGUCCCGUGCUUGGUGCACAAUUCUUUAAAAAAAACUUCUUUAUAAGAUAUACACAAUCCACUUUUCUUUGAGCUAAGAACAUUUGAUAGUUGACAUG